UCUCUCUCUCUCCCUCUCCCUCUUCUCUCUCUCUGUCGGGCAGACUCGCCCACCACUGCCAACCCAGGGCUGGGGGGACCCUGCCCAGGCUGUGGCUGCAGGACCCCGCCACCCUCCAUGGCUCCCCUGGCCUUGGUGGGAUUUGCGCUCCUCCUGGGGGCUCCCCCCUGCUCAGGGGCAGCUACCCCGACCCCCUCUCUGCCACCUUCCCCCACCAAUGACAGCGACACCAGCACGGAGGUCUGCCAGGGUUCCAACCGCUGCCAGCCGGGGGUCCUGCUGCCCGUCUGGGAGCCCGACGACCCAUCGCUGGGCGACAAGGCGGCCCGGGCCGUGGUCUACUUUGUGGCCAUGGUCUACAUGUUCCUGGGCGUGUCCAUCAUCGCCGACCGCUUCAUGGCCUCCAUCGAGGUCAUCACGUCCAAGGAGAAGGAGAUCACCAUCACCAAGGCCAACGGCGAGACCAGCGUGGGCACCGUCCGCAUCUGGAACGAGACCGUGUCCAACCUCACGCUCAUGGCCCUGGGCUCCUCGGCGCCCGAGAUCCUGCUGUCGGUCAUCGAGGUCUGCGGCCACAACUUCCAGGCGGGCGAGCUGGGCCCGGGCACCAUCGUGGGCAGCGCGGCCUUCAACAUGUUCGUGGUCAUUGCCGUGUGCGUGUACGUCAUCCCGGCCGGCGAGAGCCGCAAGAUCAAGCACCUGAGAGUCUUCUUCGUCACGGCCUCUUGGAGUAUCUUCGCCUACGUCUGGCUGUACCUCAUCCUGGCCGUCUUUUCCCCGGGGGUGGUCCAGGUAGGCACGGCCCCGUGGACAUCGCCUCGGUGCAUGCAUGUCUUGCCUUUGCCCCAAGUUGUUGAUCGCCUGCCCUUCACCCCUCUCUCCCUCCGCUGCAGCGAGGGCACGCUGGUGUUCAAGCCGGGCGAGACGCUGAAGGAGCUGCGCAUCGGCAUCAUCGACGACGACAUCUUCGAGGAGGACGAGCACUUCUUCAUGCCCCGAGCAGAGGAAGGACCAGAUGUAACGUGGGUCGUAUCGGGAUCCCUCGGGAUGCUCUUUAAUAAGCCUCAGCUUCCUCGGCGGCUUCUGGCUUGUGCCUGUCACAUGGGGAUAGUAAGAGAAAGAGAGAGCCUUCCUCUGAGGAUGGCUGUAGGACUUAAGGAGGUGACGGGACCCGGGACGGAGCGGGGCUCAAGGAACGGGGUGGCUGGAGGGAAGUUAUCGGUGGCUCAGGGGAGGGGCCUCAUGCCCCGUGUCCUGCUUCGCCCGCCCAGGAAAACUCUUCAGGUGAAGAUAGUGGAUGACGAGGAAUAUGAGAAAAAGGAUAAUUUCUUCAUCGAGCUGGGCCAGCCGCAGUGGCUUAAGCGAGGGAUCUCAGCUCUGCUGCUCAAUCAAGGGGACGGGGACAGGAAGCUGACAGCGGAGGAGGAGGAGGCUCGGAGGAUAGCAGAGAUGGGCAAGCCGGUUCUUGGGGAAAACUGCCGGCUGGAGGUCAUCAUUGAAGAGUCGUAUGACUUUAAGAACACAGUGGAUAAACUCAUCAAGAAAACGAACUUGGCUUUGGUGAUUGGCACCCAUUCAUGGAGGGAGCAGUUUUUAGAGGCAAUUACGGUGAGCGCAGGGGACGAGGAGGAGGAGGAGGACGGGUCCCGGGAGGAGCGGCUGCCUUCGUGCUUUGACUACGUCAUGCACUUCCUGACGGUGUUCUGGAAGGUGCUGUUCGCCUGCGUGCCCCCCACGGAGUACUGCCACGGCUGGGCCUGCUUCGGCGUCUGCAUCCUGGUCAUCGGCCUGCUCACCGCCCUCAUCGGCGACCUUGCCUCCCACUUUGGCUGCACCGUGGGCCUCAAGGACUCCGUCAACGCUGUGGUCUUCGUGGCCCUGGGCACCUCCAUCCCCGGUAACCCCCUGGGGACCACCAGCGGGCUGGGGUCUGGGAGAGGCCAGGCAGUGAGGCCUCAGAGAAGGGUCCUGCAGAAAUGAGCCAAUAGGAUCGCCCAGAACGCAUGUGGGGGGUCCCAGAGGAGUAUCCUGGUGGAUAAUAGAGACAGGUGGGGGGCCCAUAGAUUCACUGUGAGUGGAGUCCCCAAAGCAACCAGGGGGAGUGCCCCACCAGGUGGAACUCAGGAGGUGGGAAAUGCUAGAAGCCUGAGGAUAGAUUCCAUAGAAGCAGGACGUUAGUUUCCCCUUCUCUCCCCUGCCCCCGCCAAGAACCAGAUAGAACUCUGUUGCUGGGCAUGAGAGGAACCAGGCCAGUGAGUUUUGAAGCUUUCCCAAAGAUGAGGGAGCCGAGUAGAAACCAGAGGCUGAAGGCGGGGGUGCCAUACAAAUAAGAUGGUGGUGUUUCAGAGACCAUCGCUUAUGUCCCAUUAAAACGCGGUGGCCACCAUCCCCUCUUCCCAAAUAAACCCGAGCGAGAGUCCCUUCAACACGGGGUGUCAGAGCCUCAAGUUCCUGCAGGAGGAGGGAGGCCCGGUGGGUGGGGAGGCCGAAACCUCGGUUUCCACGUCGCUGUGGUCACCAGCCAGGUGGUGGCGCUGUCCUUGGGGAAGGUUGGCCUUUCCAAGCCUGCCCUCCUGACCACAGGCCUGAGUUGUGAGCCAGACCUUCAGGAGUGGGUGGGGCCGCAGAGGCCAGGCCCCUGCUUGACAGAAACCACGUGGGGAGCGGACAGGAAAGGGGUUGCACCGGGUGGAGUCUGGCACUGACCUGACCCGGCCUGGUGGCAACGAGCCGAUUGGGCCCGUGGAAAGCAGGCAGCAGGCUCCGUAGGGUGCAGAGCGGAUCCCACGAAAAUCAGGCAGCGAGUCCCUCAAAGCAGGCUGCGUCUCACAGGAAGCGGGCACCGGGUCCCACAGGAAGAGACAACGGGUCCCACAGAAAGCAGGCAGAGGCCCGGCCGGCGUGCCUCCGUGGUUGAGCAUUAACCUUUGAACCAGGAGCUCACGGUUCCAUGCCAGGUCAGGGCACAGGCCCGGGUUG